AGCUUUUCAAAUUUCAGUUCAUUAAUCAGCAUGAGUGACUGGUGAUUGAAAUUUGAAAGUGAUAAGAUAUAUGCUUGGAGAAUGUGUGGAUGUUGAGACUGAGAGUUAACAGUCCUGAGGCUGAAACUGGCGCUGUGCCAGGGCCAUUUUGUUUUUGGAAAAUAGAGCAGAACGCAGUAGCCACGACCCACCUGUCAGGCUGUCACCUGUAAAAUGUGAAUGAGAUUAUAAGAGUUUGAAACAAAAAUGUCUGUGCUUGGUGCUUCCUGUUGUAUUCACCCUUUUCAUGAAUCAUGCCAUUGCCUAAUUUUUUUCUUCUAAAAUAGUUUUAAGAAGAGUGACACAUUUUGCCCAUAAUUUUCUUGAAUUGCCUGUAAAAUAGUACCUAGUUUUUGACCUUUGCCUUCUGCCUGCAAAUUUUGGAAAAUUUGUUAAUAUAUAAUUAUUUGCAUAUGGUACAAAGUACAAACUACAAGCUAGUAAGGACAACAUAAUCUCUCUGAAACUGAACUAGAUUUUUGAGCUGUGAUUUUAUGAAUUUGCAAGCCAUGAUUCCAUUUCCUUGAUCUGUGAAAAGUGAAUACCAUAUCCAGGCCAUGAAAAGCCAUUUAUAUGCUGCCAACUCAUUGCAAAGUUCAGUGCACAUGUCAUCCUAAUAAUUAGAGCUGCAAUAUUUCAGAAAAUAUUGACAUUUCCAAGCUAGGAUACUAAGCUGAAGGCUAGAUUUGAAUUUUUUGUCAAAAUCUUCUGGCUGACCGAAGUGACAUUGUUUUAGCUUACUUCAUUGUCUGCCAAUUUGGAAUAAUGGGCAAUGGGCAGAUUUUUUCAAAAACUGCAGGUAGAAAAGAUUAUUUCUUUUAUGAUUUUUGAGAAUCAUUGGCAACUAAUUUCGUUUUUCAUACUUUCUAUUGAAAAAGCCUUCAAGAAGGUAGGCAAGAGCCAUAGGAAUGGAUUAAAUUAUCCAUGAGCAAGGACAUUUUUUGUCUCCUUGAUGAGUGGUGUCUGACUUUCUGUGUAAAUUAUAAUAAAGUAAAUGUUCCUGAAAUAUGUAGAAAAGCACCUACCUAUGUGUUAAUUUUAUUCUUACCUGCCUUAAAUUCAGCUUUUGGUUUCCUUGCAGUGGCCUGCCCUGAUCAAAUAUGGGAUUGUGUACCAUGUUGUAUCGCUCCUCAUUCCAGUUAAUUUCCCGAAAUUUGCAUACUGGAAUAUGUUGCUCUGGAAGAAAGUCCAGGAGAGGUCCUGCAUACCAGGAAGGCAGAGUAGCUGUGUCUGACAUGCAUGAAGACCCCUUUACCGAAGAAGACUUGCUUAACCUGCGUAGACCUGAGAUGAUGCCCAUAAUUGACCCAAGUCUGGAGGAAGCUCAGCAGAGUAUUUCACGCGUCACUAGAGAAACUGAAGCACAAAGACAUUAUCAGCUAACCAAGAUGACAGAACGUAAAUAUUUAAGGAACAUGUACAAAAUCAAACCUGGAGAAAAAUAUUCUCUUAAGAAGCAUAUUAAAUUUUCAGUUAAGAAUAAUGAAGAUCAAAGCAACAUUGUUAUGCGCUCUAAGAUUUUGGCCUGCAGCAAGGAUCUGCUCAAACAACCGAAGGCUCCAGACAUACUUUUGAAAAAGGACAAAAUAUCACCUCUUGUUAAAAUGUUUGUUGAUAGUGCUGGGUCAAAUUCUUCUGCUCUAGAACUCAAUGCCAAAGCUUUUAAACCUCAUUAUUCUAAUGUAGCUAAGUUUAGUCACCCACUCACACCUAAUGAAGCUUAUCAUAAACCACAAUCUUCGGGACCUGAGGACCAAACUGUCAACCAAGCCUCCCAAAAUCUCGGCUCUUUUACCAACCAGAAAACAGAAACUGCUGUAAAUGACAGAGAUUUUGCGGAUGUUGAGGGCAGUUUGUUAUUAUGGUCAAUGCGCGUGCAAAUGAAACAUCUUCAUGAAUCAGACCCUGAUCAUUGGGCUCCUCAUAUUCUUUCAUACGUCUUCUGUAUCUCGGAGCAACAGGUCAAGGCGGUGCUGAAGUCGCGAUGGUCGCCCAGAGACGCGGCGCAUACCGCCGCGUACGACAGCCGCGUGCUGCGCAACUGGGAGCAACUCGCGAAGGGCGGCGGCAACCGCGUGUUCAGUAUUGCCCUCCUCAAGAAAGCCAUCAAGCAGAGGCUGAAAGAAAGUACGAAAGGCGCGAGUGGAUUGCCUGCCGUGUCUGAAGCUGCACCUGGUAAUCUCGACCACUUGAUUUUUGAGCACCCACCUGAAGCUCGUCUCCAAGGUGUAAGCCCAAAAUUCGGAUCCUCCGCACAGCACAAGUCCGUGAGGGCCCGCGAGCAAAUGGUCAACAUUGUGCGCGACUACAAACACGAUCUCCUGAUGCUGCAAGCGCCCAACCAAACUGUGGUUAACGAAAGUGAAAAUACUUCAAUGCGAAAUGAUCGAAGAUUUAAAAGUGAUGAAAUUCUCAUCGAUGCCUCGGCUGCCGAAAAUUACGAAUCCAGCAAACCAAAGUCGCCUGAUGGACCUAUGUUGAAAGUGCAUUACAAGAUGCGAAGAAAAGAAAGCCAAAAAAAUAAUAAAUUGAUUACCUUUGAAGAGUUUUUGACGAAAAAGAAAAAAUAUAAUUGAUUAAUCAAACAAAGUGAUUUGCUUUUUUUAUGAACCCUAUUGACAGAAUAGAGAGACCGUGAGACGAUCUCUUACGACAGGACAUAUGAAUGAAUUAAAAGCUGAACAUUUAUCUUUAAAUUUCAUUCUAAACUCCAUAAUUGACAAGAAGACGUCGAUCCGUGGUGAUGUGAAGUGAUGGCACCCAAUUUGAAGGAUAGGUCUUAGUAGAUCACUCAUAUGAAAGAUUUGUUUUGAGUUCGUGCGACGAACAGUUGUGCGAUGUUUGGGGUUCUUGCGAUUCCGAAACUUACUGCUAAGAAAAAAAUCUUGCGCUUUAGUAAAAUCUAUUCAUUUUAGUAAAGUAACUAAUUUUUUCGACGGAAGGGUUGGUGGUCUCUUUGCGCACUUAUUUGAUCGAACACUAAGAAAUAAGACCACUGUAGAUUCGCUCUUCACGGAGAUUUCUAUAUUAAUUUACACUCGGAAAUCACUUAUUCUCAAAGAAUACCUGUCUCGCUAGUUACCAAUAUUAAGCCGUAAAAAUUAUUCAUAACUUGAGAUGUAAAUUUAAAUUGUUAGCGAAGCCCAAGGCUUGGACACUUUGAUAUUUGAUUUCAAUACAUCGCAGCUUCAAGUGAAAAUUACAUGUUUUUUACAGGCCCAGGUUACUGGGAGCAUUUAAAUGGAUAUAAUAAAAAACGUACAAAAAAUA